AUGAGUAACAUCUAUUUAGAUAAACUGGAUGAGCAAGAAGAUCAGAUGCGUGUUACGCAUACUGUUGCAACUGAUAUCAUAAACAGCCUCGAAGAGCUAGUUGGCGCAUUAGAAAGGGAGGAGACAACUGAAGGAUUAGAAACUCUAAAGGUACUUAAAAGCAAGAACGAUGAGUUACUAAAAAGUAUUGCAGUGACAAGAGUGUUGCAAAUUAAUUCUAGUGAGAUUCGUGCAAACUUGAUGAAAGAUCCAGAUUUGACAGCAAGUAAAAUAUUUUUAUCUUCUGAUGACAGAGACGAUCCGAAUAACCUAUUCAACUACUUUGAAGAGACGAAAGGGUUGCACGAAGCGUGGAUGCGCCAUUUGUCACUUGUAGCAAACUUAUCUGACGAUCUAGUACAUAAAUUGGAGAGCAGCGACGAAAGUAACAAGGUACUGGUAAAUAAAAACCCACUUCCUGCAGUACUCAAAGAAACUGUAAAACAGUACGAAGAAAUAGGUGAUGAGCAGCAGCGUAUUGAAAAUAUUAGGGCGAAACUUUUCCAAUACUUGGAUGAGAUUAAGGCGGGAAGAGCAAAAUACGCUUUAGAAAACAAAUAUAUAUUGAAUUCAACCCUGCAACAAAUCACAAAAGAGGUUUCUGAAUGGUCUCAGAGAUGGACCCACAUUGAAAACUCACUAUUUGGUGACUCUCCAACUUCUUUAAAGAAAUUGGUACAGAAGGCAGAGAACAUCAAAGAGCUGUUGACCGUAGAGUCGACUGAUUACCAAAUGGAAUAA